AUGUCAUUUGCCGAUGUUUCCGCCUCAACUGACCAACGCGCUGAUACUUUCAGCUUUACUGAGGCGGAAAGGAAAAGGAUAUUGAACGCCGCACAAGCAUUACCUUCGAUAACACCGGCAGGCGACGCUGAAAUCUUGCGUCAUCUCGAAAGGCUGAAGAGGAGAGAGGUAGCAUGGACACUGCACUCCUCUACUCUGUCCGAAUAUGCAAAGGUACAGAGAAUACCUCGGGGGUUAAGACUGCACAUAAAACCAGGAUUGUUCCGGGAGGAAAAGGAUUUUGUCUCCAGAUGGCAGAGUAUUCUAAACAAGUGCAGCCUCGAUCUAAUCACUCUCACUGUGCAGCAGCUGCAAAACGGCUUACGGGAAACUCGCCAGCAAAUACAUGCAGCAGAGGAGGAACUCAAGGCCAAGGAUACGAUGAACACUGUCAAAACGACACUUGCAGAGCUCCAGGUGAGGAUAGACACACUCGAACAGGAAAUCCUUCAAUCCAAAUUGCGCAAAUUCAAAAGAGAUACAAAAGAUUACGAGAGGGGGGAGGUGUAUACAUGGAAAACGACAAGGAAGGCCCAAUAUACAAGACAGCCCAGAUCAACAGGGGACUUGGAAGGAGCCUACUCGCAACAAUCCUCGGAUUCAGAUUCUAUUUCUGGCACCUCUGCACAAUCCUCAACGGCUUUUUUAGGCCAGCGCCAAAGCAACACAAGAGAACCAGGAGGGGCAAAAAAACGCCAGCCAGCAGCAAGGAAACAACAAAAACUGAGAUUCUCCUAAGUUGAUAAUUUUUUCGUUAGAGAAGGAAAGGGGUUUGGACUUUACUUUGAAUAAUGGAUAUCUUUAUUAUUGGAUGGACUCUGGACUUUUACUAUAAUCCAAGGAUUCCUGUUGAUUGUUCUUGAUUGAUAUUUAAAUUUUUCUUACUAUGGGGGUGUUGUUUAAAAUUUUUUUUUACCUAUUUAAUGGUGGAAGUGGGAGGCACAGAUCACCUGACGAAGGGGUACGCCCCCGAAACGUUGUAACCUGUUUGGCUUGACAUUAAACACGGGUAAUAACCC